CAGAGAAGUCGGAGCAAGCCUGUCUCCAGGCGAGAGGGCUGCACAGAGCGGGCAGGCAAACCUUCCACCGGCUUUCAGCAAAACUGUUGCCGAGGCCAGCCAUCCAGCCAACAUGGAUGUCUUUAAAAAGGGCUUCUCCAUUGCUAAGGAGGGAGUGGUGGCCGCAGCUGAGAAGACCAAGCAGGGAGUCACCGAAGCAGCUGAGAAGACCAAAGAAGGGGUGAUGUAUGUAGGAACAAAAACCAAAGAGGGAGUGGUGCAAAGUGUAUCUUCAGUUGCUGAAAAGACCAAAGAACAGGCCAAUGUUGUGGGAGAAAGUGUGGUGGCCAGUGUGAACACAGUGGCAAAGCAGACAGUGGAAGGAGCAGAGACCAUUGUAACCACCAGUGGACUUGUCAAAAGGGAGGAUUUAGAGCAUCCGGCGCAGCUUGAAGACCAGCCUGCUGGGGCUGGGGAAGGUGACACCCCAGUGGAAGCCACAGAGGGUAAAGGAAAUUAACCUUCUCCAGGUCUUCUCCUACAGUAUGAAACGUGAGAAUCCCAGGAGUAAAUGCAGACCUGUUAGAGGACACUAGAGCAGGGAAAUCUCUCAUAGUCCUACGCUAACUUCAUUCAGCACGACAGGCUUUCCUUUGCCUCAUUCUAACCUAUCCUAGCUGGGUGGCAAACUGCUGAUUGUACGUUUUAGGGCCACUGUACGUGUCUCCUUUGUGGCUUCCUUCCUUACCCAUCUCUGAGCCUUCCAAGAGUGCGGCUUGAUAGCCAUUUCACACCGUCAUGGUUGGAAUCACUGAUUGAUGUAUUUUUGCUCAUUAGUAUCAGCACUUUAUUUCCUUAGAAAGGGUGGACCUUUUUUUUUU